AUGAGGCCCUGUCAGAGCGACAAGUCCCUGCCCUUUCAGCCUAAUUUGGAAUGUGGUUCUGUAGCCCUAUCAGUCUCUUUUUGCCCUUGGCAGGAGCCUCUGCUGGAAGAGACGGUGAUAGUCCUGGGCCACUUGUUUUUGGUCUUCAUGCUGGGUCUGAGUAUGAACCCACUGAUCCUGGCUCAGAAUGACUACAGGUACAUAAACUUCCUGAACAGGCACCAUGAGGCCAAUCCAAGGCACCGGGAUGCAAUAUACUGUAAAACCAUGAUGGAGAGAUGAAAACUGAUUUCCUCACCCUGGAGAGACACCAACACUUUUAUUCAUGGCGUCAAGAAUAACAUCAAAGCCAUCUGUGGAGAUAAGGGAAGCCCUUACAGAGAAAACCUCAGAAUAAGCACAUCUCCUUUCCAGGUCACCAUUUGCAAGCAUAAAGGAGGGUCCCCCUGGCCUCCUUGCCGGUACCAAGCCAUGGAGGAUUCCAGGCACAUUGUCAUUGGCUGUGAAAAUGGUUUACCUGUCCAUUUUGAAGAGUCCUUUAUCCGUUCAUAA